UUUUCAUUAGAAGAAUUUUAUAUUCUGAUAAAAAAAUACAAUCUAUUUAGAGUUUUUCAAAAUGAAUGUAUACGUUUUCGUGUGUUUCAAUUCGAUAACUCAUAAUAUCCAUAAAUAUGUAUAGCGAAUAAGAAAGCAAAAAAUGACUAUUGGUAAUUCCAUUAGUUCAUUCUAAACUGCCCUACAAAGAUUUCUUCAAAAAAUUGAAAAAAUUGAUCAAGUGAUUUUCACACAGAAUAAAAAUUAAUCUGAACUGAAGAACCUAGUGAGAAAGGUAUUGUCCACCCUUAAGGAUCAGCAAUUUAUUCUGAAACCAGGAAGGCAGGGAUUGUCAAAGUGGCAGGAUAGAGUAGUUCGAAUAAAGAUUAUGCUAAAAUAAUAUUAGUUUUUCACUGUCUAGUUAGUACUCUUAAUUUUUUUGUCAGAAAUUCUUUUUAGGAUGAACUUUUGUUUUAUAAGAUUAAGGUUAUGUGAUGAAUAUCGUACAUUUCUUAUUUUUAGGAUAUUCAUGAUAUUAAUAACCUGUGAAGUACUGUUGGAAAAAAAAAUAAAAGUAUUAUCUGGCCUGAAUGACACUGAAAUGUUAAUUAUGUUGAGGCCCAUUCAACCAGUUAUUUUGGACCAAAACUAUGUACAUUUGAAGAAUUUAGUCAUCAAAGCGGAGAGGAGGGUACUGAAAGAACUAGGAUUUUGUGUACAUAUCAAGCACCCACACAAGUUGAUUGUUAUGUAUCUUCAAGUUCUCGGGAUGGAGAGAAAUCCUAAGCUGAUGCAGUAUUCAUGGAAUUAUAUGAAUGAUUCGCUUAGGACGGACGUUUUCAUGCGCUAUCAACCGGAGAUUGUUGCCUGUGCCUGUAUCUCUCUCACGGCAAGGACGUUGAGGCUGCCUUUACCUAGAAAUCCAGUUUGGUAUGGUGUCUUUGGUGCCACUGAACCUCAAAUCAGAGAUAUUAGCAUCAGAAUAUUGAAGCUGUACUUGAGACCCAAGACAAAUGUGGAAGCUUUGGAAAAGAAGGUGGACGAGUUGGCUAAAAAAUAUCAAGAUGCAAGAGUCAAAGCUAAAGCGAGUUCAGGUAAUAAUACACCCAAUAAUAAUGAAGCUAGUCCAAAAGUGGUCCAAAAGAGUGCAGGAGCCCAUAACGCUUGGGGAGGUUUCAUUAGCCGUUCAGGAAGCCACAUAGUUCCUACUUUAUCGGAGAAAAACUCUAGAUCUAGAUCACCUAGUGCUUCACCACCUAGCAAGAGCCAUAAGCGUUCUAAAAAACAUGGAAAAUCGAGGAGCAGGUCACCAAGGAAUCACAAAAGGGGACAUAAGAGGAGAAGCUAUUCACGGUCUAGAAGUCCUUCACCAAAAUCGAGGAAGACAAGGGAUAAGAGAAGGUCUAGGUCACCAACUGUGGAAAACGAUAGAAAUGAUAGAUACAUUGAUAGGUAUGAUGAGUAUAAAAAAGAUCGAUAUGAUAAAGAUAGGUACAAUAACAAAGAUGAUAGAGAUAAGUAUAAUGAUAAGGAUAGAUAUGAUGAUAAAAAAGAUAGAUAUGAUAAGAAUGAUCGAAAAUAUGACAAAGAAGACAGGUAUAAAGAUGAGAAAUAUAAGGAAGAUAAAUACAGAGAUGAUAAAUACUCGCGAUCAGAUAAGGAUAAGCAUAAUAAGAAGUCCAAGCACAAGGAUGAAGACAGAUCUAAGGAUAGGAGAAGGUGAAAAUAGAUAGAUUUUAAUUUUGUAUAUAUUGUUCAUAUAAUAAUUUUGUCUGAUUGAUCUAGACAAGCCAUAAAUAGGAUUUUGAAUCCACUUAAUUGUUUCUAUUUUUUGAAUGUCAGAAAUAAAGAAUUAUUUUCAA